AUGGCUAUGUCUGUACCAAAGUCGGGUUAUGCCCGUUUUAUGAAGGAAGGCGCAAUGCAUUUCAAAGGAAUGGAGGAGGCUGUCUCUCGAAAUAUUAAAGCUUGCAUGGAAUUAGCUUUGCAAACCCGUUCUUCAUAUGGGCCUAAUGGAAUGAAUAAAAUGGUAAUUAAUCGCCUGGAAAAAUUAUUGGUCACAAACGACGCUGCUUCAAUUCUCAACGAAUUAGAGGUCCACCAUCCUGCUGCUCGUAUUCUAGUCCUGGCCGCUCAAAUGCAAGAAAAACAAAUUGGUGAUUGCACAAACAUGGUUGUGAUUUUUGCUGCUUCUUUGUUGGAACAGGCUUCGCAGUUGCUUUCUAUGGGAAUUAAACCGAUCGAAAUUGCUUCUGGAUAUGAAAAAGCGUUGGCUAAAGCUGAAGAAAUUCUACCAAAAUUGGUUAUUGGGAAAGCCGAGGAUUUGUACAACGUGCAUCUCGUCAAAACUUACCUACUCCCGUCAAUUACUUCGAAACAAGCUGGAAACCAUGAUUUUGUUGCUGGAUUGGCUGCUGAUGCUUGCGUUAAAACUGCUCCACAAAAUGUUUACAAUUUCAAUGUUGACAACAUUAGAAUCUGCAAAAUUCUUGGUGCUGGCGUUUCUUCUAGUUUUAUUGCAAAUGGAAUGGUUUUUAAAAGAGAAGCUGAGGGAGAAGUUAAACAGGCAACAAAUGCUAAAUUCGCAAUCUUUGCUUGUCCUUUUGAUUUAACACAAACUGAAACGAAGGGAACUAUAUUGAUGAAUACAGCCGAUGAUUUACUCAAAUUUAGCAAUACAGAAGAGGCUAGUGUUGAACAAAAAGUAAAGGAGAUGGCGGAAGCUGGUGUUUCUGUGGUUGUUGCUGCCGGAAAAUUUGGGGACCUUUACAUUCAUUUUUUGAACAAAUACAAAGUUAUGGGUGUUAGAUUGACGUCAAAAUUCGAUUUACGCCGCCUUUGCCUCACUUUGGGCGCGCAAGCUCAAGCUAUUAUUUGUGCUCCACCAGAGGAUUCCUUGGGGAAGUGCGACAAUGUUUUUAUUAAGGAGAUUGGAGAUACUCAGACGGUUAUUUUUGAUAAACAAUCAGCAGCUUCCAAAGUGGUAACCGUCAUUGUAAGAGGCUCUUCUCAAUCUAUUUUGGAUGAUGUUGAACGUGCAAUUGAUGAUGGAGUCAAUAUUUUUAAGGCUUUAACUAAAGACAAUCGGUUAUUGGCCGGUGCUGGUGCAACAGAAAUUGAAUUGUCCCGUCAAAUUCAACUUUUUGGAGAAACUCAAUCUGGACUUGAACAAUAUUCAAUUAGAAAAUUUGCUACAGCGUUGGAUGUUUUACCAAAACAAUUGGCUGAAAAUUGUGGAGUGAAAACUACAGAGGUUUUGGCUAAUUUGUAUGCUGCUCAUCAAAAUGGAUCAACUAAUGAAGGAAUUGAUGUUUUAAAUUCAAUGAAAACUACAGAGGCUUUGGCUAAUUUGUAUGCUGCUCAUCAAAAUGGAUCAACUAAUGAAGAAAUUGAUGUUUUAAAUUCAAUGAAAACUACAGAGGCUUUGGCUAAUUUGUAUGCUGCUCAUCAAAAUGGAUCAACUAAUGAAGGAAUUGAUGUUUUAAAUUCAAUGAAAACUACAGAGGCUUUGGCUAAUUUGUAUGCUGCUCAUCAAAAUGGAUCAACUAAUGAAGGAAUUGAUGUUUUAAAUUCAAUGAAAACUACAGAGGCUUUGGCUAAUUUGUAUGCUGCUCAUCAAAAUGGAUCAACUAAUGAAGGAAUUGAUGUUUUAAAUUCAAUGAAAACUACAGAGGCUUUGGCUAAUUUGUAUGCUGCUCAUCAAAAUGGAUCAACUAAUGAAGGAAUUGAUGUUUUAAAUUCAAAAUUGGUUAAUGCGAAAGAAACUGGAAUUUAUGAUUUGUUUAAUGGAAAAUUGUGGGCUUUAAAAUUGGCUACAAAUGCUGCUUGUAGUAUUUUGAAGAUUGAUCAGGUUGUUUUUAAGUUUUCUUUAUUAUCAAACCUUAUAUAG